AUGGCUGUGUGCGACGCCUCCAUGCCUCGAGCCCGGCCAUUUCAAGGCAGACGCAAGGUGUACUGGUGGGGUCCGGAGAUCGCUGACCUCCGUACGGCUUGUAAUGCCGCUCGGAGGGCCUAUACCCGCUGCCGAAGAAGGAGGCACACCCUGGAGGAAGAGGGGGUCCUCCACACCAUCCUUGGGGAAAAGAAACGGGCGCUUCGGAAAGCCAUUGAAAGGGCCAAGACUGAGCGGUGGGAAGAGUUCCUCGCAACUCUUAAUAGAGAUCCGUGGGGGCGCCCAUACAGAAUGGUGCGCAAUAAGCUGCAGUGUGCACCCCCCAUGGACUCUAUGGAGCCACAGCUCCUCCAAACGGUGGUAGAGGGCCUCUUCCCUGAGGCGCCGGAGUUCGUCCCGCCGGUGAUGGCCCCCCCGGAAGGACACCCAGAGGGGCCUCUCAUCAUCCCCCAGUCACGGACGACGAAUUUGAGUGGGCAGUGGAGCGGGGCCCUCCUGGAGGACUUCCUGGUCGAGGGGACCUUCCCGGGACUCUGGAAGGAGGGACGACUAUGCCUCCUCCGGAAGCAAGGACGCUCGCCGGACUCCCCAGCCGGCUACCGCCCCAUCGUCCUGCUAGAUGAGACCGGGAAGCUCUUCGAGCGUAUCCUGGCCUCCCGCAUCCAGCGGUCCACGCUGGACGCCGUGGGAACCCUCAGAGCAUUUAGCGAGCUGGCGGAAGAACAGGGACAGGGAGUCGUGGCGGUGUCUCUCGAUAUCGCUAACGCGAUCGGCUCCCUCCCCUAUGCGGUGAUCGCAGAGGCACUCCGCUACCACGGGGUGCCUCUGUACCUAAGGAGGAUAGUAGAGCACUACCUGACGGGGCGGGUGGUGCUCUACGAACAGGGGGGUACUGGUGGCUGUGCGAGGGCGGGAGUUGGAGGAGGUUCUCAGGAGGGCGGCGGUGGCGACGGAGCUCACCGUCCACCGCAUCGGGCUCCUCGGGCUGCGGGUCGCCAUCGCAAAGACCGAAGCCAUGGUCCUGGGGGCGUGAGGCGGUGGAGGCUACAGGCAAACACGGCGCUGAGGGUGGAGGGCCAGUCUGUCCAGGUCAAGGCCAACAUAAAAUACUUGGGCCUUGUCCUGGACAGAAAGUGGACUUUUGAGGAGCACUUCGCAAGACUCGCUCCUCGUCUCGUGGGUGCUGCCUCGGCGCUGGGCAAUCUGCUGCCCAACUUGGGAGGGCCGAACGCCCCCUGCAGGCGGCUGUUCGCGGGGGUCGUCCGGAGUAUGGCGCUCUACGGAGCGCCAAUCUGGGCCGGAAGGCUGCGAGAACGCACCAAGGCGUUACUCCGUCGGCCCCAGAGGGUCGUGGCCCAAAGGGCAGUCAGGGCCUACCGCACCACUUCCCAUGCCGCAGCCUGCCUCCUCGCUGGCACGCCCCCAUGGGAGCUGGACGCGGUGGUCCUAGCCGAAAGGUACCAGCGGAGGGUGGCAGCGAGGAGCCGGGGAGAGCCGCCGGACCCCGAGGAAGAGGAAAGAGCGGCGCGGGCAGCUGAGGAGCACCUGCGCCAACAAUGGAGGGACGCCCUGGAGGAUGGCCUCUAUGGAACGCGAACCAUAGGAGCCAUCCUUCCUGUCAUGGAGGACUGGCUAGGAAGAAGGAGGGGGGUCCUCACGUACCGGUUGACUCAGGUGGUGACCGGGCACGGGUGCUUUGGACACUACCUGCACCGGAUAGGGAGAGAGCCGAGCACCCAGUGCCUGGACUGCGGUGUGGAGGACGAUACGGCCCAGCACACCCUUGAGGAGUGUAGUCGCUGGGCCGUGGAAAGGGCUGCGCUGGUCGCAGCCACAGGACUGGUGGACCUCUCGCUGCACAGCGUCAUAGGGGCGAUGCUGAGCAGCGAGAGAAGAUGGGAUGCGGUGGCCUCCUUCUGUGAAGACGUCAUGUCACAGAAGGAGGCGGCGGAGAGAGAGCGCGAAGCUGCGGCUGACGCGCUGCCUCUCCGUCGAAGACGGCAGGGUCGAAGGCGACGAGCAUUCUUGCGCCACGACCCUUAGUGGGGCUAGCGGGUACGGGACCCGCAUUGCACCGGCCCCACUAACCUCGUCGAGGGAGGGAUCAAGCGUUUCUGAUCCCUCUCUCCCUAACCUGUGCGGAUGCCCUGUGACAAUUCGGGGCUGCCGGAGGGCGCCAUGGUGGACAGAGGAGACCCGAUGAUCCCAUGACGCCCUCGCGAACGGCACAGAGGGCGAAACGCCGGAGUGGGGUUUAGUGGGUAAACCUCUUCCCUCCCUCUCGACAAGAGAGGGGGCCGAAGGAGGGAGUCCCACACACCCCCCCUUCAAGGCCUUCCCGCGGCUGGGGGGACGGUGCGUAACGCAUUCCCCACUCCGACAAAAAAAAAAAAAAAAA